CUGAGACACCUCUGAGGAGGUCGCUGAGAGGGUCUCUGAAGCACCUCUGAGGGGGUCGCUGAGAGAGCCUGAGGCACCUCUGAGGGGGCUUCUGAGGUACCUCUGAAGGGGUCUUUGAAAGAGCCUCUGAGGCACCGCCGAGGUGGCCGUGCGGUAUCCUUCUUCCGGCCACACCAUGGCCGGCAAGCGGAAGCGGGUGGUCCUGACCAUCAAGGACAAACUGGACAUCAUCAAGAAGCUGGAGGACGGCGGCUCGUCCAAGCAGCUGGCGGGCGUGUACGGCAUAGGUGAGACCACGGUACGCGACAUCCGUAAGAACAAGGAGAAGCUCAUCACCUACGCCAGCAGUUCGGACUCUAGCAGCCUGCUGGCCAAGCGCAAGUCCAUGAAGCCGUCCAUGUAUGAGGAGUUGGACCGCGCCAUGCUCGAGUGGUUCAACCAGCAGCGCGCCCGUGGCAGGCCUGUUUCGGGCCCGCUGUGUGCCAAGCGCGCAGAGUUCUUCUUCUAUGCGCUGGGCCUGGAUGGCGACUUCAACCCUUCGGCUGGCUGGCUCACACGCUUCAAGCAGCGCCACAGCAUCCGCGAGCUGAGUGGGCGACGCCCGCGCCCCCGUGGCCUGGCGGGCGACCAGGCGGCCGUGGAUGACUUCUGCGGCAGCUUCGAUGACUUCCUGCGGCGUGAGAACCUGCAGCCUGAGCAGGUGUACCACGCCGGCGAAACGGGGCUCUUCUGGCGUUGUCUGCCGGCACGCGCCCGGGGCGCCCCACGACCCACAGAGGACCGAGUCACCGUGCUGUGCUGCGCCAACGCCACCGGUGCGCACAAGCUCAAGCUGUGCGUGGUGGGCAAGGCCCGGCGGCCGCGCUCCUGCAAAGCCGCGGACACCGCCAACCUCCCCGUGUCCUACUUCAGCCAGAGAGGCGCCUGGAUGGACCUGUCCAUCUUCCGCCAGUGGUUCGACAAGAUCUUUGUGCCCCAGGUCCGGGAAUACCUGCGCUCCAAGGGCCUGCAGGAGAAGGCCGUGCUCCUGCUCGACAACUCCCCAACUCACCCCAACGAGAAUGUGCUGCGCUCCGAUGAUGGCCAGAUCUUCGCCAAGUACCUGCCGCCCAAUGUGGCCGCCCUCGUUCAGCCCUCCGGUCAGGGUGUCAUCGCCACCAUGAAGAGGAACUACCGCCUGGGUCUUCUCCAGAACAACCUGGAAGAAGGCAACGACCUGCGCUCCUACUGGAAGAGGCUGACCCUGCUGGAUGCACUGUAUGAGAUAGCCAUGUCGUGGAACUUAGUGAAGCCAGUUACCAUCACCAGAGCGUGGAAGAAGAUUCUCCCGGCCAUAGACGAGAAGGAAGGCCUGGACCUGGAUGGAGAAGAUAUCUCAGUGGCCACCGUGGCCACCGUUUUACAGCACACCAAAGGACUGGAAAAUGUGACUACUGACAACAUCGAAAAGUGGCUGGAAGUGGACAGUACAGAGCCAGGCUAUGAAGUGUUAAGUGAUAGUGAAAUUAUCAGGCGAGCACAGGGCCAGACAGAUGAGUCCAGUGAAAAUGAGGAAGAGGAAAUAGAGCUGGUCCCAGAGAAACACAUUAAUCAUGCUGCUGCUUUACAGUGGACGGAGAAUUUAUUAGCUUAUCUUGAACAACAAGGGGAUAUGAUUCUGCCUGAUAGACUGGUGAUACGUAAACUUCGAGCUACUAUCAGAAAUAAGCAUAAGAUGUCAAACUCAAGUCAAUAAUGGUAUUUCAGUGUUCUUAUUUGAUAUUGUAACUUUUAAUCUCUUGGCAAUAUGGCUCAAUGUCUUUUGUUUUCUGAAUUCACAGAAACAGUCCUGUGAAAUACAAGAUGUAUCUAAGUGGUUUGAGCAUUGUGUUUCCCAUCAUCUGUGUGUGUCUCUUGUCCCUUUAUUUGUGCAGCUGUUCAAGAAGCCGAUACUGUAUAAACAACAAAUGUCGUGGACACAUGUAUUCACUUUUGUACAUCUUCAGUUAGCAUUUCUCUAAUAGCAUUUACUGAUUUUUUCCCUAGGAAUUACAGAUAACAAUGAGAUUGAACACUUUCCUGAAAUCAAAUCUUUUCUCUCCUUUGUCAGUGCUACUAUAGCACUCUAUGUGCUAUCUGUCUUAAAUAGCUACCAGUUUGGUAAAUCUAUAUGCCUGAAUGGAAUGGAAUACUUUGGUUGUUGAUUUCAGGGUGAUCUAUAAUAAUUCAAAAUAAAAUCCAACAAAAAAACUAGUCUAUAAAUUAUAAAAUCUUAGGAAUCACAUUUCUGUUAUUUUUGGGUGGGUAUCAAGAUGGGGAUAAUUUUGGGGAAAUGAAAUAUAUGUGGGAAGUGAUUAAUAAAUGAAGCUGAUAAAAGAUGUUCUGAUCGAUUUGUAUAAAAUGAGUUGAACAUUUGGGGAAUUUUAGGUUAUUUAUGUAAAGCGAAUCUGUAGGAUUAUCUAAUCAUUGGGUCUCAUGGUUUUAUUAUUCAUCUAAUUAUAGCACAGGUUUAGUAAUGUUAUAUGUGGUAAUAUGGAUUCCUGUGUUAUAUAUGGGAGAGCUUUUUGGGUAUUUGAAAGGUUGUUUUUUUUUCCCAACUGUGUACUUGAAAAUGUAAUUUGAAAAAAUUUGUCUUAGCUCUCCUCCCCUUUAGUUUGAUAAGAAGAAAAGAAUAAAGUUUUAUUAUUUUAAUAAGC